AUGAAAGCACCUGCCAUUCGCCUGACACGGGUGGCCGCCACCGCUCGGUAUGGUGCGAAGUACCAGUUGCCGCCGCUGGUGUUGCUGCUGCUGCUGCUCGUGACACAGCUGCCGAACGCCGUGGCAGUCUGUUCCACGCGUGUUUGUCCUGCGGGUACGUUGGCGGGAAACGGCCCAACCUUACUCCGCCAGCGUGUCCCACCGCGCUUAUGCCUUUGUGAUGACACAGGUUACAGCUGCCUGCAAUACGGCAACGGCACCGAGGGCUGUGAGCCAUGUACUAGUGGAACCUAUUCUGCCGAUGUGACUGACACUCUCUGCCUUGCUUGUCGCAAUGCCUGCGACCCGGCCUCUGAGUUUGAAGUUGUCCCUUGCACUCGAACGACCAACCGGAUGUGCAGCACCUGCACCGUAUGCGGCACCCAGGAAUGGAUGGCUGCUGAUUGCACCGAGACUACAGACCGCGACUGCCGCGCUUGCACUCAGCCUACAGAUUGCCCCGUGGGCCAGGUGUAUCGGGGCCACGGCGGGGACUUGCUGGCGCUGGGAACUAUCGUCUUGUGUGACACGUACUCUGAAUCUCUGAACGCAACCGAGUCGGAACCGCCCCUGACCCGUGGUCGAUCGACGCGAAUUCCGAGCCGACGGUCCAUUGGGGCUUUGGCAGCAUACACGUUGGGACCAGACUCGGACACCGAGUCGGACGGAGCAAGCGAGAGCACUGCCCCUCGGCCCAAAAUUUCCGACCCCAUCCCUUCUGCACCCGCCAUUGAAUCCUUGCCGGCCUCGCUAAAGCAAAGCGCAUGGUGGACGCAGCGAGAUUUGGCGCGCUUGGUCAAGGAUCUCAAGGCGGUGGAGACGCAGUUUCGCGAAGUGCCGGUUGGUUGUGUCAUGGGUGUAUAUGCGAAGGCAUGA